AAAAGGAACUUCACCGCCACACCAUAAGACCGAUUCUUUGAGGUUUGGGAACAAGAACGAAGAACUCCGGAUCACGUGCCCGAAGCCGACCAAUCGGAGCGCACGAACUACUCCCCUAUCCCACCCGCCUUCAUUUGCCUCCAACGUUUGGAGUAGCGUCUCGUAGACUUUAAGCUAACGGUUACUUGAAUUUAAACGCAUUUUAUAUAUAUGAAAAGUCAUGUCCUUAUGUGAAGACUUUCUGCUCUGCAACUUUCCCAAAUGCCGAGCAAAACUGAGUGGCUUUGCUUGGGUGACGGCAUGUUCACAUGCCUUCUGUGACCAGCACGGAUCAGGGGAAUUCAGCCACUCACCGGCGAUCUGCCCUGCUUGCUCAUCCGCACUGUCAGGCAAACUGGAUAUUGUGCGCACGGAGCUAGCCCCAUCCGAGGAGUACAAGGCCAUGGUGUUGGCAGGGCUAAGGCCUGAGAUUGUGCUAGAUAUCAGUGCCCGUGCUCUUGCCUUCUGGACCUACCAGGUUCAUCAGGAACGCUUGUUCCAAGAGUACAGUCUGUCCCGAGCUGAGACCCAAGUGAAGCAGGCAGAAAAGCUGUUGGCCCAGCAUAGUCAGAGUAGGGAGUUGGAGCUCAAUGCCAUGAGAGGAGAGAUCUCCUCACUCAAAAAGGUAAUGGAUGAGUACAAAAGGAAGUACAGUGAGGUUUCAGAGCGGUUGAUGGAGAGGAACAGGCAGUAUCAGAAGCUGCAGGGCCUGUAUGACUCACUUCGUCUGCGAAACAUGGUGGUGGGGGAGAGAGAGGGGAUACGCUUUGCACCCCCAGAAUUUGCCCCAGCUCGUAGACGGGACAACACAGUUAUGGAGGGCCAUCACUCCCCCUACAAUAGUCCAUCCUUGCUGGGUACAGGAUCUGAGGGAAACAAGAUCUUCUCCAUACUGGAGCCUGAUCGCACCAGGAGUUUCUUCCAUUUUAACUCCCCAGCAAAUAGCCAGAGUCUUGCCUUUGUGAGGAAGCAGUGAUACCAGCUGACUUCCUUUAGUGAGAUCACAGUCAAUAUUAAGAACACCGAAUACAGUAAGAUCAACUGAUUCAUUCAACAUUCCAAAUCUGACAAUGUCAAAAUAGCAGGUUCAUUAUUAGUGCUGAUGAAAUAUCACACACACAAGUGCACAUCUCUAUAACUCGGCCACACAAUGGAAAAGCUUUUU